UUACAAUCUACAAUGCUAGUGCACAUACUUAUAAAAGCAACAUAAUAAAUACGUUGAAGAAUUUUCUGCGAAGUACAAGGGACUAAAGGUGCGUUUGAUUGAUGUAGUAAUAAUUUACGAAAUCUGUGUAUAAGCAGAGUAUAUGCUGAAACUGCAUCAUUGGACAGCCACACGAAAUUCAGUUGUCAUAGUACACCGUACACUAUAUACCAGUUAGGAGCUGCCAGACGUUGUUGACACUAUAUUCAGUAAAAGUUAGUAGGUGACAGGUAACUUACUUGACCCAUUAGACACAUUCUUAUUGGGCUAGACAAAUGAUGCAUUAAUUUAUAAGAUGUAGACCACAGAGUUGAAUAUGCUACCACCAUCAAGAUUCGUGAAGAAAUUCUAUCUGGUGCUGACACUGAUAAUAGCAGGGGUGCUAUGCAAGAGGAAGAAUGUAUUAUUUCUUGUUGCUGAUGAUAUGAGACCGGAACUGGGAGCUUACUAUGGCAAAGACUUCCCGGCACCAGUGUAUCCUCCAAUGCAUACGCCUAAUCUUGAUUGGUUAGCCUCUCGGAGCCUCCUUUUGAAAAGGGCCUACUGCCAAGUGGCUUUGUGCUGCCCUAGUCGGACAUCUCUCCUGACGAGUCGGCGACCAGAUACAACUCAUAUUUAUGGCUUUGAUAAGUACUUCAGAAAGACCGCUGGCAAUUUUACAACAAUUCCUCAGUAUUUUAAGGAGAACGGCUAUGAGAGCGUUGGUAUGGGCAAGGUGUUUCAUACAGGGGGUUGUUCCGGAAAUGAUGAUCCGCCAUCUUGGUCUGAACCAUAUUUCCGUGCUCCGAACUACCAUUAUUGGUCCGGUGAAACAAAACACAGCUGGAUCGCGGUAAAUGAAACUGCAGAGAAAAAUACUCCCUUACCAGAUACACAAAUAGCACAAAAUGCAAUAAAGGUUCUAAAACGUGUAGGUCCAGUAUCUCAAAAAGAGGACAAGCCAUUCUUUUUAGCCGUUGGAUUUCACAAGCCUCAUUUACCAUUUGUUUUCCCUGAACGAUUCCUGAAGUACUACCCCAAGGAGGUUAUAAGACCUCCUGCUAAUCCGCAAGCUCCAGUUAACAUGCCAAACAUUGCUUGGUUCAAUUACUGGGAUUUGCGCACUAGAUAUAAAGAUAUCGACAAACUAAAUAUAUCCGGCGCUCCAAAUCACACACUGCCCUUAAACAUAACGCUGACUCUGAGAAGAGCAUAUUAUUCAGCGGUCACCUUCACUGAUUCACUCAUUGGAGAUAUCAUACAAGAGCUGAUAAAACAAAAUCUACUGGAUGAUACAAUAAUAUCGUUCUGGGGAGAUCAUGGUUGGAAACUAGGGGAACAUGGCGCUUGGUGUAAAGAGACAAACUUUGAAUUAGACGCGCAUGCUCCGAUGAUGAUCUCAGUUCCUGGGUAUACAGAGAAGGGAAUCCAAACGGAACGCUUGACUGAGUUUGUGGAUUUGUUCCCUACAUUGGUGGAAGCAGCGGGAUUAAAACCGCUGUCCCUAUGUCCUAUAAACUCAUCAUCCGUUAAAACUUGCACAGAGGGUGAUAGUCUUAUUCCUUUGAUGAAAAAACCAGAUGCCAAGUGGAAAACAAAAGUAUUCACUCAGUUCGCCAGAGAGGACUGGGAACAUCCUGAUUGGAUGGGGUACUCAAUGAGAACAGAUAACUUCCGGUAUACAGAGUGGGUGAAGUGGCUGAAAGAUCCAAUCAACAAACCUGAUUGGUCCAUACUUAAGGGAGUUGAGCUAUAUGAUCACACGAGAGAUCCACAAGAAAACUACAACUUUGCCUCAGAUAAGUCAUAUGCCGAAAUUAGGUCGCGUCUAAGCAAAGAGCUCAGGGCUGGUUGGAGGAAGAACAAUAACAUAUAACAUGGACUCCAUUAGCAAUAUUAAUGCUUACUUUGGACCAAGAGAACCCUUUCUUGAUAAAUGUUUAAGAAAAUAAAAUUAUUAGAGGAAAUCUUAGCCGUUCACAUGAUAUACAACGCUCGAAUAAAUCUAUCAUAGUUUAUCGAUAAAAUGUUUUAAAAUAUUACCGGUCAUUAUUAACAGAUAGAGAGAUAAUACGAAACAGUUAUCUUUUUUUGUUCUGUUAUGUGCAAUUUUUUAUUUCCAAUAAAACAAUAAAAAGAUGUUACAUUUAAUGAAAUGUUCAAAUAUAUCAUUUAUAAUGUAUUCGUUCUGUCUGUAUAAGAUAUACUGGUCUAUUUAGAUACUGGUACCAUUUUAGAUACACAUUUGAGAUAUACAUGUAGACAUAUAAUACUAGAGACUUUUUGUUCAUACAUACGAUUAAAUACAUUCGACUGUAGGAUGUGUGAAUUCAACCGCAGGAUUACGGCUGACGGAUUAACUUACUAAGUUAUGGACCACUCAUUAAUCGAGAAAGUGCGAAUAUCACUCCAGACCUGAUUUCAUUCCGAGUCCAUUUCCGGGACACCACAUACAAACAAG